UUCCCUCCAGAAACUAAGACCUUGCUUUUGUCAUUGGCGAAAACCACCCUGGGUCUGAUACCGACGAUACCGUUCGACAACGUAAUUGAUGGAGUCGAUCACGAAGACUCGAAUGCGCUAGAGCAACGGCUUGAAGCAGUAUUCAAGAUCGACAAACAUUUUGAUGCCAUGCUUCGCCUGGAUGAGAUUGCUACGUUCAUGGAGCAGCUGCAUCUUACCACAAUACUCAAAGUCCCCUUGUGACCAUCUUCCUCCAGAAGCUGGAAUAGUAGGAGGCAUUUCCUUGACGUUGAAUCGGGGUAUCUAGUCUGAAGAUGCAAUUCUCGCCCGGGCCUAUUUGACCUUUAAAUAUGAGAAUUUAACGAGUUCGCAGUGAUCCCUGGUCAACGUUUCUGUCCAACGCACGUACGACGCAAGGACCAGUUGUUGUAAGGAACAACCUUCGACGAUUGUAGUCCUUGGCUCUAAAAGGACGUGAGGUGGGUACCAGAGCGCUGCUGCUCACCUCUCACUUGUUGAUUAACUUGAGCCAGAUCAAAAACAUCGUGGCAGUCGCACCUGCUCUUGUUGAGGCGGAUGCCAACCAAGUGAGCUCCAAGCACUUGAGCUAGCU